AUGAAUCAAAAUGAUUGUGUUGCCGAAAGUAGUAGUCAAGUUAACAUUGAAAAUAACGAACAAAAAUUAUUGUUAGACAAUAUUACUAUUGAAAGAAAAGAAUUACAAUCCAGUAGCAAGACUGAACAGAAUGAAGUAAAUGAAAAUCUUCAACAACUAUCAAAAGAUUUACUACUCCAAGAAGAUACAGAGAACAAAAAAGUACAGGACGAUGAAAUUGAUUAUGACGAUCCAGGUAAAUGGCAAAAUAUUACAGAUAAAUUACGAGAUUAUUUAAUAGAGAACUCGCCUUCAAAAAUUAUAAAUUAUAAUUUUCCAUCAAACGACGAAGGUAGAAAAUUCAACAUAACACAUUAUAAUCGAAUAAUGGGCAACGGUGAAAAAGUGGUAAGAAAUUGGCUUUUAUAUUCUAAAUCUUUAAAUCGAGUUUUUUGUCUCUAUUGUCGUUUAUUUUCUUCAAACUCAACUUCAUCAUUGGCGUCAGAAGGAUUUUUUAAUUGGAAACAGAUAAGUGAACGUUUAAAAGAGCACGAAUUAUCUAUUUCACAUAAUAUAGCUCAAGAAAAAUGGCUACAACUACGUAUGAGACUUAAUCUCCAUACAACUAUAGAUAAUGAUAUUCAAAGAAACGUAAAUAUUGAAAAAGAACGUUGGCGUAAUAUUCUUAAACGAAUUAUUGCAUGUAUAGAAUUUUUAGCAGAGCAUAAUGACGCUUUUCGUGGUACAAGUUCUAAGUUAUAUACAACUAAUAAUGGUAAAUUUUUAGGCUUACUUCAAAUGAUUGCAAAAUUUGAUUUAAUUAUGGCUGAUCAUUUAAAACGUGUAUAUAAUAAUGACAUCCAUGAUCAUUAUUUAGGUCCUAGGAUACAAAAUGAACUUAUUAAUAUUAUUGCCACAAAAAUACGUGAUGAAAUAAUAAAUCGAGUAAGACAAAAUCAGUCAUUAAAUUUUUCAAAAGUGAAAACAUCUCCUCCCAUUCCUACCAGUCAAAAGAAAACAAACCGUUCAAAAUAG